AUGUCGGGAAUGAAAUUACUAUCAACGACGAUACGUCAGAGACUGGCACUACUUCUAAUAUUAAGUCAACACUAUUUAUUACUUCUAGGGCUCAACAAUGGGGCUUCUUCCUUUUACGACUUCAAUGUUGCAAUUUUCCAUUCUCCUGUGGAUAGUCACCCACUUGUGAAUGAAAUCAAAUUUUCUGUAUUAUGGCUACAAAAACCUGGGAAAAUUGACAACUGCGACUGGUGCCAGUGA